UGUCAAAACAAAUUCAAAAUUGUCAAAAUCAUGAAGAGGAUAGAUAAUUUUUCAUAAUUUUUUCCCUUUUCCUUUACAUUUAUACCGGGAAUGGUGAAUUUGUUACAGAAGUUACCUAACAUUUUAAGUUAUUGUGCACAUUCAAAACAUUUCCUAAACACUUCACUUUUCACUCGUCGAAUAACUACUGAAAAGUGCUGUAAAAUGUUCAAAUCAUCUGUUUUUAAUCUUCAAGAGGCAUCUAAAGAGCAAGUGCAAGAGUUUUUAAACUCUUUUGAUACAGUUUUAACUGACUGUGAUGGAGUAUUAUGGAUAGACAAUAAUGUCAUUCCCGGAGCACCAGAUGCAAUGAAUUAUUUCCGGGAAAUUGGCAAAAAGAUUUUCUAUGUCACCAACAACUCCACCAAAAUUCGGAGUGAAUUUGCAGCAAAAGCCCAACAACUUGGAUUUAUUGCAAGUACUGAAGAGAUUUUGUCAACAGCUUACCUAGUGGCUCACUAUCUAAAAGGAAUUGGCUUCACAAAGAAGGUUUAUCUGAUUGGGUCUAAUGGUAUUGGGGAAGAACUGAAGGCAGUUGGGAUCAGGCAUUCUGGCAUUGGACCGGACCAUGUGAAACCUGAUUUCAAGUCAAUGCAGCCAUCGGACUUGGAUCCUGAAGUUGGAGCAGUGGUAGUUGGUUUUGACGAGCACAUCAGCUAUCCCAAGUUCAUGAAGGCAGCCUCAUACCUGGCCUCAGAAGAUUGCUUGUUUGUAGCUACCAACACAGAUGAGAGGUUUCCUAAAGGGGGUUCAAUAGUGGUGCCUGGAACUGGAACCUUGGUGAGGGCAGUAGAGACCUGUUCGGAGAGAAAAGCACUGGUGCUUGGCAAGCCACAUGCCUAUGUCCGCAAGUUCUUAGAGUCUUGUGGCCUGGACCCUGCUAGAACACUCAUGAUUGGUGACAGAUGUAACACUGACAUUGAGCUGGGAGUACGUUGCGGUUUCCAAACGCUGCUGGUGCUCUCUGGAGUCACCUCCACCACUGACUUGGACAAGAUCCGUAACGAGAAGAAGCCACCACUGCCUGAUGUGGUCUUGCCUAAGCUCGGAGACUUGGUGAAGCUUAUACCAUCACCAUAGUCACCAAAACGAAUAGUCAAAUUAUACUGGCAAAUAAUUAGGUCAAUUUGUUAGCUAUUUUUAUCAUCAUGUUAAACAUGCAAUAAGUGUAACUGUAAUUGUGUUUUUUACAACUGUUUGUUGACGUUAUUGUGUUAAUGAAACUGCUUAACAUAGCUAUACUAUGUAUGUGAAAUGUUAUUGUGUCUUUUUCUACUCAUGCUAUUAUGUUUAGGAGUCACCGUGAUGUUGUUCAACUCUUAAGUGAUAAAAUUAUUAUAAAUUUUAAUUAAUUGACAGUGCAAAUAUUUCAUGGCUGUGUGCUUAUACCUACUGCUUAGAUUGUAGUUAAAUAUGUAUAGUAGAAGACUGCAUCUAAGUUGAAUCAACGUGUUAACAUGUGUAAAAGAGUUCAGUACCUAUGUAGUCUAUAAACAAAUGCUUCUAAAUGGAACAAAUUUAAUAGUUGAAAUGAGUUGUAGUUACGUGUUAAUUACUCACAAAUAAAAUUUGUGAAAGUUGACUUUA